ACUCCAUUCCAUAGUGACAGUGAGGUUCGAUACCCUGACAUCCCGAGCAGCUGUCUGUCUGCGUGUCUGCUGUGGUACGUCCACCUGCGUCACCUACAACAAUCCACCAUGAGCGGGGAUCACGGACACGGAGGCUCGCAGGUGAAUUCCGGAGCCAAAGGAAUCGACUCUCACAAACACAAAGACAAGCACAAAGACAAGGAGCACAGACACAAAGAUCACAAGAAAGACAAGGAGCGGGAGAAGAUCAAGCACAGCAACAGCGAACACAAGGAGCACGCCGAGAAGAAACACAGAGACAAAGAGAAGCUGAAGCACAGCGACGGCAGCGCAGACAAGCACAGGGAGAAGCAUAAAGAGAAAGACAAGGACAAAGAGAGGAGGAGAGAAGAGAAGAUCAAAUCGUCCCACGCAGACAAGCCUAAAAAGGAGAAAGAGAACGGAUAUGUGAGAAACACGAGCCCGGCUGUCAUUAAGAGCGAGCCCGAGGAAGACAACGGCUUCUACCCUUCCCCCGAAAACAACAAGUCCUUCAAACGAGAGUACGACGAUGAAGAGUUUGAAUACAAGCCCAAAAAAGUCAAGACAGAACACGACAAAAAGGCAAAGAAGAGGAAACACGAGUACGAGGAAGAUGAGGAGGAUGAGGACAUCAAGCCCAAAAAGAAGACAAAAGACAGAAAGGGAGCAGAUGGAAAGAAAGCCAAAAAAGAGGAAGAGGAGAAGUGGAAAUGGUGGGAGGAGGAGAGAUACACCGACGGCUCCAAAUGGCGCUUCCUUGAACAUCAAGGUCCAGUGUUCGCGCCCCCGUACGAGCCCCUGCCCGGCAAAGUCAAAUUUUACUUUGAUGGUAAGCCUAUGAAACUUAGUGCUCCUGCUGAGGAGGUGGCUACAUUCUUCUCUAAGAUGUUGGAGCACGAGUACACAACUAAGGACAUCUUCAGGAAGAACUUCUUCAAGGACUGGAGGAAGGAAAUGACACCAGAGGAGAAGUCAAAGAUCACCGACCUGAACAAGUGCAACUUCAGUGAGAUGAGCGAGUACUUCAAGGCCCAAUCAGAAGCCCGGAAACAGAUGUCCAAAGAAGAGAAGCAGAAAAACAAAGAGGAGAACGAGAGGCUGCUCCAGGAGUACGGCUUCUGCAUCAUGGACAAACACAAGGAGAGGAUCGGCAACUUCCGAAUCGAGCCACCGGGCCUCUUCCGGGGCCGAGGCGACCACCCGAAGAUGGGCAUGCUGAAACGCCGCAUCCGGCCCCAGGACAUCAUCAUUAACUGCAGCAAGGACUCCAAGCAUCCCAAACCUCCCGCGGGGACAAAAUGGAAGGAGGUUCGCCAUGACAACAAGGUGACCUGGCUGGCUUCUUGGACGGAGAACAUCCAGGGCUCCAUCAAGUACAUCAUGUUGAAUCCCAGCUCCAGGAUUAAGGGGGAGAAGGACUGGCAGAAGUACGAGACGGCCCGGCGGUUGAAGAAGUGUGUGGAUCGCAUCCGGACCCAAUACAGAGAUGACUGGAAAUCCAAAGAGAUGAGGAUCAGGCAGAGAGCUGUGGCGCUGUACUUCAUAGACAAACUGGCACUGAGGGCUGGAAAUGAAAAGGAGGAAGGGGAGACUGCGGACACCGUUGGCUGCUGCUCGCUGCGGGUGGAGCACAUCAAACUCUACCCCAAACUGGACGAGCAGGAGUACGUGGUGGAGUUUGACUUCUUGGGUAAAGACUCCAUCCGGUACUACAACAAGAUCCCCGUGGAGAAGAGGGUUUUUAAAAACCUUCAGUUGUUUCUGGAGAACAAGCAGCAGGAAGACGACCUCUUCGACAGACUGAAUACGUCUAUUCUGAAUAAACACCUGCAGGAGCUGAUGGAUGGACUGACUGCAAAGGUGUUUCGUACCUACAACGCCUCCAUCACCCUGCAACAGCAGCUCAAGGAACUUUCCUGCUCUGAUGACAGCAUCCCGGCCAAGAUCCUGUCCUACAAUCGAGCCAACCGGGCGGUGGCCAUCCUCUGUAACCACCAGAGAGCUCCACCCAAAACAUUUGAGAAGUCCAUGCAAAACCUCCAGACCAAGAUUGACGAGAAACAGAAUCAACUGUCGACAGCCAGGAAGCAGCUGAAGGCCGCGAAGGCCGAACACAAGGCUUCACAUGAUGACAAGAGCAAAAAGACCGUGGAGGUGAAGCGUAAAGCUGUGCAGAGGAUAGAGGAGCAGCUGAUGAAGCUCCAGGUUCAGGCCACAGACAGAGAGGAGAACAAGCAAAUUGCUCUGGGCACCUCCAAGCUCAACUACUUGGAUCCACGCAUCUCUGUCGCCUGGUGCAAGAAGUCGAACGUUCCCAUUGAGAAAAUCUACAACAAAACCCAGAGGGAGAAGUUCGCUUGGGCAAUCGACAUGGCUGAAAGGGACUAUGAGUUUUAGAGACACUUCACGUUUUACCUUUUUAUACCCGAGCCUUUGAUUGUAAAGAUGGUUCAUAGUCUAGCGAUCCCAGUUACUGUGGUCACUGCAGGGCUGUGAAGGAGGACCACGGAUUGAUAAUUAUGUGUAUAUAUAUGAAUCGGUUGUGAAUUUAGGAAAAUAACUUUAACUAUGUGACCAAGCUGGUGAAAGGUGUCGCUAUUAAACCCAACAAAAAUCACAGUAGUGUGUAUGUAGCUGAGGAUCGAACGACGAUGAACACAUGAGUAUUACCGACUGAAAUUGGAAAGCCAUCAGAUUUAUUGAGACAUUCUAUAUUCUCAUAGAAUAAUGAAUGAAUUGAGAAAUGUUUGUAGGGGGGGGGGGGGGG